UUGUCAUUGAUGUCUGCGUCUGGCCCCUUCCAUAGGAGACGCUGACAUUUUGGAAAGUUCAUUCAUUUCCAUAUAUAAUUAAUUAAUUACGUGAAGUGGAUUGUAUUGAGGUUUGUUCAGUGUGCUCCAGCUGGCUUAAUGAAAGCAUGGCAAACACUGUGCUAUAAAUCUCCACAGUGGAGCAGGUAAUAGAUGGAAUGCAAAUCUAACCUUUUAAUCUAAACAUCAGGUGCUGAUGAAGACCCACAUGAAUUCACCAUGUUAUAGCACAUGCUAUUAUAUAAACCUACAUACUUAGUAAGUUGUAUGAACAUCCAGGAUUGCUGUCUGGCCUGCAGUAUGUUCUUCUGUCAAGCUGUGACCUUGAUUUAACUCAAGUUAUCUGGGUUUAAACCUCAGUUUGUUUUAAAGCCGCUGCUGGAUAUUGGCUCGGCGGUCAAGUGGUGGAUGAAUAUAGACAGUAGGUUAAUUAUCAUUAAUAGUAAUAUCAUGCAACAUCAGAAAUGUUUUAAAUCGAAGAAGCAGUGUUUGUCUCACACAUUACAGCACGGUGAAUUUAUUUAAAAAAUUUUUUGGCAGGGUUACCCAUGAUACACUACCCUGCGUACAGAGAAGGUUAAGGGCCUUGCUCAAGUGCUGGGGCUAGAAUCCCUGACCUUCUGAUCAAUAACCUUUAACCAUUGAACCACAAAGUGUUGUGUGGAGAAUGUGGGCAUCAGUCCCGCUGUCUUUCGCAUGCUAAUCGAGUGCUCUAUCAUUUGAGCUUGUUUACAGCAUGGCCCCGCACCACAGAGUGAUGCAGCUCCAGGGUCUCUGGUUUGAACCUGGGGUUACAUACAGUACGGUCUGUGUUUUGCAUGUUCUCUGGUUUUCUCACAUUGUGUUUUUAUUUAUUUAGAGUGGCUAAUCAUCCUUUCUUGCAGCUGAAUAGCGAAGGACGCAGUUCAGCAUGGCCGAGUCAAAGGCAUACAAAGGCGCCACAGGCAGCCGCCAUACUACUCUGACCAGGGAACGCAGCCCAGGCAAAUAUGUCCUUUGCCAAUCUGUCUAAGGGGAGGAAAGUAGCGAUCUCUACUCUGGGUGUGUUGACAGCGGGAGGAGCCGGACUUGCUCUGAUUUUACAUCAGUCAGUGAAAGCCUCUGACCUGGAGCUCCAUCCACCAUCUUAUCCAUGGAGCCACAAUGGCAUGCUGUCUGCUUUAGACCAUGCCAGUAUCCGACGUGGCUACCAGGUUUACAAGCAGGUGUGUGCAGCCUGUCACAGUAUGGAGUACCUGGCUUUCCGAAACUUGGUUGGAGUGUCACACACUGAGGAAGAGGCCAAGGCCCUUGCUGAGGAGAUUGAGGUAGUAGAUGGUCCAGAUGAAACAGGAGAGAUGUUCACUCGUCCUGGGAAAUUGUCUGAUUACUUCCCAAAGCCAUACUCCAGCCCUGAAGCUGCCCGUAACGCUAACAACGGAGCGCUUCCUCCUGACCUCAGCUACAUUGUUAAUGCCAGGCAUGGUGGAGAGGACUAUGUUUUCUCGUUGUUGACUGGAUACUGUGAUCCCCCUGCUGGUGUGUCUGUGAGGGAGGAACUCUACUACAACCCCUACUUUCCUGGCCAGGCCAUCGGCAUGGCCCCGCCCAUCUAUAAUGAGAUCUUGGAGUACGAUGAUGGUACGCCAGCAACAAUGAGCCAGGUGGCUAAAGACGUGUGCACGUUCUUGCGCUGGGCAGCCGAACCAGAACAUGACCAGCGGAAAAAAAUGGGCCUUAAGCUGCUUAUGGGCUCAGCAAUACUCCUGCCGUUGGUGUACUAUCUGAAAAGGCACCGGUGGUCUGUACUGAAGAGCAGGAAGAUUGCCUACAGGCCACCAAAAUCAACCUGAAGCAGGAUCAACUCGGACAAGAAUUUGCAUCCGCUCUGUCAUCUACUUUGUUUAAAGAGAAUGAUUUCAGACAUUUCAAACAACUCCGAGGGUAAAAGACUAUCAACGCUCGAUUAAUGGCUCAGUGUGAGCUGACAGACCAGGAUGGCCCAUUAUGAUCUACACAUGUUCCUGUUAAUAUGUAAUGUCUUGGUGUGAAUCUAAUAAACUGUAUUUUACAAAGUG